UCGGGUUGGGUGAUACUGCGUGACCUCCUGAAGUGCAGAGAAUACUCGACACAUCACUUAACAAGCGAUAAAGAGACAGUUGAAUGCAGAACAGAAACAGUCGCCGCAGUAAUAGAAUCUUGCUUUUUAUCAUUUAUUUUGGAAUUGAAAUCGUUUCAAAAUGAUAUGUUCCCAGUUUUUUUCCGUUUUAUUUCGUGCCACAGUUAUCCAGACUUCCCCAGUUACCGUGAAUGUUCCUCGGACACAGUGGGCAUUGUAUCGUAGCUGUAUGGAAAUCCCGUGCACAUUUGAUUAUCAGGAGGGAGACCAGCAACUACGAGGUAUUUGGUUAAAAGGUGGAGCAGAUCCCCUGAAGCCAGGUGUCACUAUUAUCUCCGAUAUGGGAAAGAUAUCCAACGCCUAUAAAGGACGAGCAGAAUUCACCGGUAAUCUGUCCCAAAAAAGGUGUUCGCUACGGAUGAAAGACGUCCAGAUGUUUGACCAUGGUGAAUACUGCUUCCGGGUGACCUUGGAAACUCUACGUAUGAAAAACAAAGAAAAAUGGGAAGGUUGUGUAACGAUUUCCGUUUCAAAUAAACCACGGAUAUCAGUGCCCCAGGAUCUUGUCGCUGGGAUAGCGAGCUACCUGACCUGCUCAGUAGAUCACAGCUGUCCAUCGGCCCAGCUGAAUCUAAAGUGGUUGCCGGGCGAAAAUCUGUGGCAAAGUAUUCAAUUUUCAAAUGAAAACCGCAAGGAUGCUCAGGGAUCCAGGAGAAUUUCUUCCAACUUCUCAUUCACCCCAUCGUUGUAUCAUGACGGUGCACGUAUUGGCUGUAAAAUUAUAUAUGACGCUAUCAAGGAGGGUACUGGGACAUAUUUUACGCUGGAUGUGCAAUAUCAGCCCGUGUUGGUGUCCGACACGUCCUGCAUGAGAUUUGAGAAUUCGGUCAACUGUACCUGCAAAGUCAAAACCAAGCCCCUAGCAACCAUCACCUGGACAGUCAAUGGGAAGGCCGUCGACGUACACAGCAAGCAUUUCCAAGUCACCCACAGGAUGUUGGAUAACUUCGUCAAGGAGACCUCGCUGACAAUGAGUCACCAGCCUGGCUCCAGACAACUCAUCUCCUGUGUUGCGGUGAACGUGCACGGUAUCAGUACCUGGCCAUUCCAACUCGCAUCACCAGCUUCCGGAUCAUGGACGAGGCUCAUUGUCGUCUCAUCAGGAACUGGCACAUUGGUUAUUAUUGCAAUCGUGACUAAAAUAUUUGCCUACAGUAAGAAGAAGAGAAGAAAUACCACUGUUGAUGUCCAGAGGGCGGAAAAUUUGCAGAGUUCUUCUGAUUACCCAGAACACUCAUCUGAUUUAGCGUCUGGAAAAAUGAUUUUUAAUACGAAACGCAUAGAAACACUGGAAGGUUAGUCCAGUUACCUCUCGUCAGGUUCGCCCGACACAUUUCUUAAUAAUCUAUAUGUGAAACUGGAAUGCAAAUCCCGCGUUGCAGUCGCCUUCGUUUGAUACAUUUGU